AUGGUAGGGAGCCAAUCUGCUGAUUCCAGUGAGCAUGAGGAUCAACCAUCGUCUCGAGAAGUUUGGGCAAAUGGGAUUUGCAUGAAAACUAGUGAAGUCGAAGCAAAGCUCGAUGAGGGAAAUAUUCAAGAGGCAGAGUCUUCUUUACGUGAAGGGCUAUCGCUAAAUUUUGAGGAAGCAAGAGCCCUUCUUGGAAGGCUGGAGUAUCAACGAGGAAAUGUGGAAGCAGCCCUGCAUGUGUUUGAUGGCAUCGAUCUCCAGGCUGCUAUACAGCGGCUGCAACCAUCCCUUUCUGAAAAACAGCAGUCUAGGAAGGGUCGUUCUCGUGGUGAUUCACAGCAUGCAGUAUCGCAGCAUGCUGCUAGCCUGGUGCUUGAAGCGAUAUAUUUAAAAGCAAAAUCUCUUCAAAAGCUUGGGAGACUAAAUGAUGCUGCUCAUGAAUGUAAAAGGGUGCUUGAUGCCGUGGAGAAGAUAUUCCAUCAGGGCAUACCUGAUGUGCAAGUAGACAACAGAUUGCAAGAUACAGUUAGUCAAGCUGUAGAGCUCCUUCCAGAGCUCUGGAAGCAGGCGGGUUGCUAUCAUGAAGCAAUGUCUGCUUACAGACGUGCUCUCCUUAGUCAAUGGAACCUUAACGACGAUAGCUGUUCAAGGAUUCAAAAAGGGUUUGCUGUGUUUUUGUUGCACAGUGGAGUGGAGGCUGGUCCACCCAGCUUAGCUGCUCAGGUUGAUGGUUCAUAUGUUCCUAAACACAAUCUGGAAGAGGCAAUUUUACUUUUGAUGAUUCUCGUUAGGAAAUUUAACCUUGGUAAGAUUGCGUGGGACCCAUCAGUUUUGGAGCACCUUACAUUUGCAUUAUCUCUAUGUGGCCAAACUUCCGUUUUGGCUAAGGAACUUGAACAGAUCAUGCCUGGGUGCAGUGGGAGAAAAAAAGCAGCUUUAAACCUAUUGAGGAAGUCUCUCCACAAACAUGAGCAACCUGACGAUCUCAUCGCACUCUUGUUGGCUGCCAAGAUCUGCAGCGAAGAUUCUCAUCUGGCUGCAGAGGGAAUGGGAUAUGCACAAAGAGCUAUGAGUAAUGCUCAGGGGCGUAAUGAGCAUCUAAAAGGUGUGGCCAUUCGAAUGCUAGGUCUUUGUUCGGGAAAGCAAGCUAAAGUUUCUCCAUCUGAUUUUGAAAGGUCUCGUCUUCAGUCUGAAGCAUUGAAAUCAUUGGAUGCUGCAAUAACUUUUGAGAAAAAAAAUCCUGAUUUGCUUUUUGAGUUGGGAGUGCUGUAUGCCGAGCAACGAAAUUUGAAUACUGCUCUGCGCUAUGCAAAGCAGUUUAUUGAUGCAACUGGUGGUUCCUUGCUAAAAGGUUGGAGGUUACUGGCUCUGAUUUUGUCCGCUCAGCAUCGAUUCUCGGAGGCUGAGGUGGUAAUUGGUGCUGCUUUGGACGAGACUGCAAAAUGGGAGCAAGGACCAUUGCUUAGGCUGAAAGCAAAAUUAAAGACCUCCCAGUCUUUACCCAUGGAGGCGAUUGAAACUUACCGCUACUUUCUUGCAUUGGUUCAAGCUCAAAGGAAGUCUUUUGGUUCUCUUAGAAGCGUUUCUCAGGCUGAGGAUGAUAGAGUGAACGAAUAUGAAGUUUGGCAUGGCCUAGCUGAUUUGUACUAUCGGCUUUCACAUUGGAAGGACAUGGAGGUAUGCCUUGGAAAAGCCAGAGAGUUGAAACAGUACUCUGCAGAAGUUAUUCACACUGAAGGUGUUAUGCUCCAAGGACGUGGACAAGUUGAUGAAGCAAUGUCUGCUUAUAUUAAUGCUCUUUUAGUAGACCCAUCAUUUGUGCCUUGCAAGAUACUGAUUGGUGCCAUGUUAUCCAAGAGGGAUUCCAAUGCAUUGCCUGCUGCAAGAAGCAUACUCUCUGAUGCCUUGAGGAUAGAACCCACCAACCGAAUGGCUUGGCAUUACCUGGGGAUAAUUCAUAGAGUUGAUGGACGGAUAGCUGAUGCCGUAGACUGCUUCCAAGCAUCCUGCAUGCUUGAAGAAUCUGAUCCCAUUGAGAAUUUCAGUUCUAUUCUUUGA